AUGAAGCCUGCUACUCUCUUUGCCGUUGCUUUUGCUUCCGUUGCAACUGCCCUGCCGGUCACUGAUGCCAUUGUCAGUGACCUGGCUGCCCGUGGCACUAUUCAAUUCAGCUGCACAGCUGCCAACACCAAGAUCAUCAAUGCUGCCCAGACGAGAUGCAAGAGUCUUGCUGACGCCGGUGUCACUGGUACCACCAAUGAUGUGCUCAUGAAUCGCUUUUUCAAAGCCAGUGAUGCCACCACCAAGGCUGCUGUUAAGGCUGUCUAUACCAAGCUGCAAAAAGAGUGUGUCAACAACAGCGGUUCUGGCAAGCUUACCUGUGGCAAUGACAAGUCCGACCUCUGCGUCGGCGAGAGCUACGCUGUCACAUAUGGUUCGACCAACACCAUCGUCUUCUGCGACAACUACUUCAAUAAUGUUGUGGCCACCUCUAGCUGCAAGAGCAUCGACCGCGGCAUGGGUCUGCUGCAUCAGUCUAGCCAACCUUCCCUCUGUCAAGGGUACUGA